UUUGAUGGUGCCUCUGGCUAUGUUAACCCUCAGCAGAAAUUUUACGAUGAGGAGAAUGAUGACCGAAGUCCAUAUCAGUCGCUAUUUGUAUGCGGAGCUCUAAUUAUCCAACUUAAAAGUCUGUCCAAUCCGAAAUACCUCUGGAAUAAUCCUACACCUCAAAGCUACCGUUUUUUUCGGCCCUUGAAAAUCGCACAUCAAAAAGAAGACAAUGAAAUGGCUCUCGAAGAAUACAAUCGUUUGGGCGAAGAAAUUAAACACCUUAAGCCUUUCAAAUUUACAAUGGGCAAAGGCGUUACAGUGAUGGUUGAAUUUUCAGUAUCAAGAACCCUUUUCGAUGGGAAAAAUGUGAACGCGAUUGUAGGAAACAAAGCCACUCAAAGAUGCCCAAUGUGUCUAAUAACAUCCCACAAUUUCAACAAUCAAAAUGUUUUCAUACCAAAGGAAGGCUCACUAUCCCAUGGCUUGGGCCUUUUACACUGUAAAAUAAAAAUUUUCGACCAUCUGCUUCAUAUUGCUUAUAAACAAGAAGUGAAAGUAUGGGAUGUCACCAAAAACAUAAAAGAGUCUGUUGAUUUGUACGCUGGUCAAGUGAGAGAUAGAUUAUAUAAUGCUUUUAAAAUCAGAGUGGAUCAAGUAAUACAAGGCAAAGGGACAUCCAACAAUGGAAAUCUUGCCCGAAAAUUCCUUGAUAGACCCAAAGACUUUGCCAACGCUUUAGAUAUUGACGAGGAGUUAGUUUGCAAUCUCGCUACUAUCACUAAAGUUUAUAGAAGUGCGUUGGAGAUUGAAGUAGAGGAGCUUAAAAAGUUUAGUGAUUUUACUUAUAAACUCCACUAUAUAAAAUAUCCAUGGGCUCGCAUGAACCCUUCCAUGCAUAAAAUUUUACAACAUGGUCCUGAUAUUGUGCGGCAGUUUCCAAUGCCUGUUGCAUUUUAUGCGGAAGAUGCUCUCGAAAGUAUGCACAAAAUACACAGAGAGACAAUUCGGGAACAUUCUAGAAGAAAUAGUAGAGAAAACGCUAUCCUGGACACUUUCAACAGGGCAGUAUACUUGUCAGACCCAAUCCUUUCAAUGGUUUAUUUGGACAGAAGGCGAGAAAUGCAUAAGAAGAGACCACUUACUAAUGAUAUUACUCGAUUUUUGAAGCCAGGACAGUGGACUGACCCUGAAGACAGGAGUAAUGAGGAUUGAUGCAUACAAAGAGCGACUGAUAAGGACUUCGGUGGUCAUUCUCCUCAUCGUAAAAUUUCUGCUGAGGAUUAACAUAGCCAGAGGCACCAUCAAAGCCACUCGUUAUCGACAACUCUAUGCUCUUCAUAGCAGUCUUUUCUAGCAUCUGUUUUUCAGUGAAUUUUCUGGGUAUUAGCCAUUCACCCCUUCUUUCAACCUCUAAUUUAGGGGUUGAUGGUAUCCCAAUAAAAUACACCUUGCAGAAAUAAUUUUGGAAAUUGUUUUCGCCUCCUAUGAAAACACUUUAGAAUGUUUUUCAGUGAAUUUUCUGGGUAUUAGCCAUUCACCCCUUAUUUCAACCCCUAAUUUAGGGGUUGAUGGUAUCCUAAUAAGCUUUUCCUUAAUAUAUAUAUAUUUGUUCUAG